UAUGUAUGAGGUAAUUUCUGGACUACCUCCAUACCAUGAUGUAAGCCAUGACAAAAAUUUAUCAAUAAAAAUUUGUCAAGGACUUAGAUCAAGAUUUAGUAAUAUUAAAGUACCCCAAUUGAUUGUGAAUUUAGUCAAAAGAUGCUUGGAUGCAAAUCCAAUAAAUCGACCGGAAGCAGUAGAAAUUUACAAUAUCUCAUGGCAAUGGUUUAUUGAAAGUCGUGAUUUUAAAUUUAAUAAUAAUAAAACAGAAUUACUAAAACAAAUUGAAGAAUCAGAAAAAAUUAAUAAUAGUAGUAUACCAACUAGCAGCAUACCUUUGACAAGUUUAUCAUACGAAACACAUUCCGAAGCUGUUUAUACAAGUAGAUUACUUAAUUUUAAUAAUCUUCCUGAACCAAAAAAUUCUGAUGAUUAUUACAAUGAACAAAAUGACAAUAUAAUUAGUGAAAAAUUUUCAGAAUCUUUACAAAUUGAUAUUUCUCAAUUGAAAAUUAAUGAAAGUUAAUAAAAAUGGUUAAAAUAGUAAAUCUAAAGGGAUCAGACUAUU